CAUUCGUUGGAUGCAAUGGCGCCUAAAAGCAGAAGCUAUCAAGUUUCUGCAACCCCAUUCACAGUAUUUGGACAUUUGUUAUUUAUAGCAGUGGCAACCCUCGUUCUCGUUUGGCUACUCAAGUUCCGAGAAGGCCUGGCUUUUGAAUCUGCUAAUAAAUUUAAGAUUUUCAAUCUGCAUCCACUUCUAAUGGUGAUUGGAUUCAUAUUAAUUGCUGGAGAAGCAAUCAUGGCAUACAAGACAAUCCCAGGAAGAAGAGACGCGCAAGUGCAACGGGUAGUUCAUCUCACUUUGCAAACCAUUGCUCUUGGUUCUGGGAUCUUGGGGAUUGUUGCAGUUUUCAAGUUCCAGGAUGAGGCCGAAAUUCCUGACAUGUUUACCUUACAUUCUUGGCUAGGCAUGAUUGCCAUCUGCUUGUUUGGUUUGCAGUGGUUGCUUGGUUUCUUCUCCUUUGUGUUUCCUCGUGCAGAGUCAUAUUCAAGAGCAGGAUACAAGCCAUGGCACAUUUUUGGUGGCUUAGUUAUCUUCUUCUUAGCAAUUGCCACAGCUGAGAUGGGAUUGUUACACAAAUUCCUUCUAUUAUGGCUUUUUCGCAGCCAAGAAGCACUCAUUGUCAACUUCAUUGGAUUGUUGCUGUUUCUAUUUGCAGUGGCUGUUGGCCUCAGCGUUGUCCUGCCUCGAGAUUAUUGAUGGAAAUAACUCACAUACUAGCUCGGAGAAAAUCUUGAAAAUUUAUUGAAGAAUUAUUACUUUCGAUUUAUGGAAA